AUGUCUACGCUAAACGUUUUGAGAUAUUCUGCGGUUGCGUUGGGUAUUGCCGUCGGAUUGAAGACUGACUUAGGUUUGAAGUCUGAAGCUGCCAGAAAGUCCGAACAAAAAGCCUAUUCUGAUAAGUUGCAAUUGAUCGAACAAGCCAAGGCCGAGUACGCAAAGUUGCACGCUCCUAAGAAAGAAGCGUCGUCGGGCUCUGUGGCUAAGUUCGACUUGGAAGAUCCAAACUUGGACUACGCCAAGGUUAUUCUUGGAGCUGUCGACUCCUUGAAGCAGUAG